AGAAAACAGAAUUAGGUUAGGGAACCCUUAAGGAAUUCCCUUAAAUGACGUAAAACAAGUAGCCAAAAUGGUGGCCGAAGCAGUGGCAUUUCUGGACUCAGUUACUGGACUCCCAUAACUAUAAAAUUUAAAAAGCUACACUUCGCAUCUUCUUGCCUUGAAUGAGAGUAUUCACAUUCAAAAUAUUUUUGAUAAAUAAUGGAUUCUACUCAAAGAUAUGUUGACUUCUAGUAAGUUCUCAUGCGUCUGAGGCCACUGAAGGGCUUAUUAUUAUAUUAUUACUGUUACUAUCUAAAAAAAAUAAUCUUCAUCAUUACUUACCAUUACCAGCCUUACCAGUGCUAGUACAAAGUCAGUGAAGGACUAAGACCAGGUCUAAGACUACAAUACUAUACCAUGUCUAUGUACUAUGUUUUACUAUUUAAUAAGUAACGAAUAUGAUGAAUUAAUAGGCCAAUUCAAUGUAGGGCUAAAAGUAAAAGUUAUGAAAAUACUGUCAACAAAUUUUUAGACAAAAGUCAUGUUAGACAUUUUUUUAUGUGCUCCACACAAAUAUGACAGUCAAAUUGCAAAAUUGGCUCUAUUUUUUUUGUAAUCUUUAAUCAAAAUCAUGUUUACAUCACGAAAUGCAUGUCAAUAGUAAUAGACCUGCGACGGUUAACAUCAGAAAAUUCUAUGAAACUUCUUAGUUUUCUUCCCCUGUCUCUUGUAGUACAGCUGUUCUGGAGCGUUUCUAGUGAGUGUCAAGCCGUAGUCAGCCAACAUUAUAGUGGACCAUUUCCCCUGGUAUCUUUGUUCCAUUGUUGGGAUAUAUUGAUGAAAACGUUUGCCAUGUUCAUCACUUACCAUACCACAUUUGUCGGGGAAGAAAUCCAGAUGGGAGUAAAAGAAGUGGAUCUUUAGAGACAUAAUAUCAUAUUGCAGCCAAGUUUCUGAUAGUGCAUCAGCAUAUCUCUGACUAGUUCCUUGUAGUUUUCUGCCCUAAUAUUCCAGAGAAAGUUUGUAGCACUAGGAUUUUUUCGCAUCACCUUGCAGCAAGUUAUUGAACCAGUCAUCUUUGAAGAGCGCUCUAGUCUGAGGACCCACAAAAACUUCCAUCUUUAAUUUUUACUUCGCUGAGUCAAGGGAUUGUUUUCAUGCAUGUAUCGCAAAGCUUGUGAAAUGUGGUCUAUGGCCUUCAUGAAGUUCUUCAUCAAACCAAGUGUUAUGUGAGGAGGUAGUAGCAGGAUUUUGUGAGCCUCGACAAGAGCUGGGUGCUGGAUAUUCUUUUCUCCAACUGCUACAAUUUGUCUUUGACUCCAUUCUUCCACAAAUAGUGCAAUUUCCUUAAUCAGCUAUCCCACACACAAGUGAAAUAUAUGUAUUUUGUAUAUCCUACUGCAGUCCCAUUAAAAGGGCAACUAACUUCAAAUCACCACAGAGCUGCCAGCUGUACUUGUUAUACUCAAUGAAAUUCAGUAGCUGCUUUAAGUUACCAAAUGUCUCUUUUAUGUGGAUAGCAUGCUCUGUUGGAAUAGAUGGAAGAUGGUUUCCAUUAUGCAAAAGUACAGCCUUAAGACGCAGUUUCGAAGAGUCUGCAGUCUCCAUUCUUGUGGUCUAGGAUUGAUUUUUAAGGCAUUCAUGAGGCCCUCAAUAUCGGAACAGAAUACCAGAUUACUAUCUUUUUCUGAAGAAAGGAUCCAACUGCUGGUGGUGCUUUUGAUAUUAAGUUAAUGUGACAUCUUCUUCAAGAAGAAUCCAUUGUUGGAGUCUUGAUCAUUACAUCAUUCUGGGCUUAUUUAGGAUGUUGAUGCUGUCUUACUGGUGAAACAUGGAAAAUUAUAUGAAAUUUAAUGAGAGCCAAUAAAAAAAUGUAAUGGUUGUAUUUGUGUUCAACAUACCAAGAUCCUACAGAUUAGGGCUUUUUAAACUCAGUAACGAUUACAAUAUUGACCAGUGUAAUGAUAAGAAGUUCAGUUACCAACCACAUUUGGCGUUUGUUUAGUAUUUAUUUACACUAUUUGUUUAGUAUUUAUUUACACUAUUUAAAAGUAACAGUUUGAUUUAACAUUAAUAUACAAUUUAUUUUCAGUUACCUGAACUCAAUAAAAGUUUUAGAACUAAGUGAUCAGUCACCAGUAGUAGUUCUAAAUUGUUUCUGCCUAUAUUUAAUAAAGCCCUAUAUUAUCAACAUCAUCAUUAUACCUUUUUAGUUGUUACCCAUUAAAUUAAUAUUAAUUUAGUGCUGCACAUAUUAAGAAACCAUCCAUAAAUGAUUUCACGGAGCUAGGGUUUGCUAGGAUUUUACAAUGUGUUAUAGUUGUAGAAAUGUUCAUGUGUACCCAUUUAAAUAAUACUUUUAAGGUAGUUAACAAUAUUCUUUUAUGGUUACUGUUUGAAAAACUUUAAAUUUGGAAAACAGUAUUUUUAGUGUAAGACAUUGAGAAUUCCUUUCAAAAAUAAAAAUGGUAUUGUUCCAAUGCUAAGAUUUCUUCAUCCAAUGUUUUAUCCUAAUUAAUCCUAAAUUUUGUAUUUAAUUGAACGUCACAGGCGUAUUUAGGUGCUGUUUAAUCAAGUUCAUGUUUUAGGAGACCUGCAUAUAUCCAAGAAUUCUGCCCAGGAUCCUCGAUAUAAAAAAAACUAACUUUGAUGCACUUUGAAAAAUAGCAAUGUCACUUGAAGAUCCUUUCUUUGUUGUAAAGGAGUAAGUACACAUUUCAUUGGUUUUCUUUAAACAAAAUGGCAGAGAUGUUAUAUUAUGAUUUUAUAUUUAAAAAAUAGCUUGUUUAAAAAUUAAUUUCGUCCUUUAUUGAGAAAAUUUAAAAAUCACUACUUGAUUUUAUUUUUAUUUACAGCCAGGGUUAGACUUUUUUAAGUUAAUGAAAACCAAAAGUUUGAUAGCAAAAUUAAUUGCUACAAUAUUAUUUUCUUGCCUGACUUAUUCUUUUUAUUCAUAUUAUUUAGGGAAGUCCAGAAAGCUUUGGUUGUGGUACGAAACUUGUUUAGCAGAUGGCGAGAGUUGCAGGAAAAUGGAGGCAUGUCUUCCAGAGAGGAGAUUGAAUAUACAACUAAUGAACUCAGAAAUAGCCUACGCAGUAUAGAGUGGGAUCUUGAGGAUUUAGAAGAAACUGUUGAUAUCCUUGAAAUUAAAAAAUCAAGUUUAAUAUUGUAAAAUGUAUUUUUAAAGAAAAUAUUACAUUAAUUGAAGAAAAGAAAAUAUAAUAAUUAUUUUGGUAUUGUUCCUAAAGGAGUUUUAUUUUAUUUUUAUAAGUUAAACAUUUAGUUAAAUCAUAUAUAUAUGUGUGUGUUAAAAUAGCUUCUAACUUAAAACUGACUGCAAUGAAAACCUUAACCUAAUGUAAGUAUUGUAGAAAGAAAUCCAAGGAAAUUCAAGAUAUCUGAAUAUGAUCUGCAAGAGAGAAGAAAUUUUGUUGAAAAGACAAAAUCAACUGUUAGGGUGAGUAGUGCAUUUUAAUUCUUUAACUCCUGUGAGCUGGUUGUACCUGCUCAGAGCUGGUUGUACCUGCUCACGGUUUUCUGUUUCUGUCCCUACUUUACUCCUUCACUCAGGAUGUAAUAAUAAUUUUGUAAGAAGCUGAAGAGGUGUAAGGGUUUGGUUUCACCUUGCCAUGACUAGUGAGCCAUUUUGUGAUUCGAUAAGCUUUUUCAUUAUUGAAUUAUCAGUGACUUCCCUGAACUCAAGUUGGAACACAUUUACAGCAAGGGUGAGAGGGUUAUUCAUGCAAUUUUGAUAAAACUACUGAACUUGAACUAGUUACUGUUACUAAUACUAGUCCUCAUCAUCAAUGGCACUACAGCCCAUGUAGGGCCCUGGCCUGCUCCACCACAUCCUUCCAUUCGGAGCGAUCCAUGGCUUUCUAUCUCCAUGCUCGAACCCCCAACUGGUGUAAGUCUGUCUCCACAUCAUCAAUCCACCUCAUCCUUGGGCGACCGAUGAGUUGUCUGCCCCUAGGCUUCUGCCUGUAUAUGAUUUUGGCUGCUCUGCAUUCCGGCAUCCUUUCAACAUGACAUGCCCAGCGUAUUCUGCCUUUUUUUAUCAUUGUGACUAUGGGUGGUUCUUUGUACAAAUAGUAAAGUUCUUGGUUUGUACAUAUUCUCCAGGUAUCAUUUUCUAACACUGGUCCGUAUAUUUUGCGCAGGAUUUUCCUCUCCCAUGUGUUGAGCAGGUUCUCUGCUUUUCUGGUGAGGGUCCAGGUCUCACUAGCGUACGUUACUACAGGUCUUAUGAUGGUGGUGUAUAUUGUCUUCUUUGUUCCCCUUGAUCAGUUUUUGUUUCUCAGUAGCUUUUGUAGACUGAAAUAGAAACGGUUGCCUGCUGUUAUCCUUUCUUUCACCUCCAUCAUUAUCUCAUUGUGCUCAUUUAUAGUUGCCCCUAGAUAUUUGAAUGUGUCCACUCUCUCAAAUUUGUGGUUGUUUAUAUUGAUGUUAUCAUCAGCAUGGGAGUUUCUUGACAUUAUCAUAUAUUUUGUCUUCGGUUCAUUUAUAUCAAGGCCAGCUUUGAAUGAGGCAUUUUCAAGUUCCCUGAAUGCUUUAAUUAUGUCAUUACGGUUUCUACCCAGUAGUGCUAUAUCAUCUGCAUAUGCCAGGUACUGCAAUGGUUGGCUAUAUAAGGUUCCUGAUGGUCGUUGCUCUGUAGUAUCUCUCUGGAAAUAGUUUGUUAUGGUUCCACUGGUGCUAAUGUGAAUGCUUCUAAUAACUUUUUCUAGCGUGAUGUUAAACAGGAUGCAUGAUAGUGAGUCUCCUUGUCUGAGGCCCCGAUUAACUAUGAACUCCCUAGAAUAUUCUCCCUGAAUCUUGAUUCUGCUUUUGGAGUUGGCCAUUGUCAUGUGUAUGAGCCGAGUAAGCUUGUUAGGGACUCCAAGUUCUUGUAAAGCAUUGUAUAAGUAAUUCCUGUUUACACUAUCGUAUGCUGUUUUGUAAUCCACAUAUAGUUGGUGUAUGUCGAUGUUAUAUUCGUAGCAUUUCUAACUGCAAUGGUUGGCUAUAUAAGGUUCCUGAUGGUCGUUGCUCUGUAGUAUCUCUCUGGAAAUAGUUUGUUAUGGUUCCACUGGUGCUAAUGUGAAUGCUUCUAAUAACUUUUUCUAGCGUGAUGUUAAACAGGAUGCAUGAUAGUGAGUCUCCUUGUCUGAGGCCCCGAUUAACUAUGAACUCCCUAGAAUAUUCUCCCUGAAUCUUGAUUCUGCUUUUGGAGUUGGCCAUUGUCAUGUGUAUGAGCCGAGUAAGCUUGUUAGGGACUCCAAGUUCUUGUAAAGCAUUGUAUAAGUAAUUCCUGUUUACACUAUCGUAUGCUGUUUUGUAAUCCACAUAUAGUUGGUGUAUGUCGAUGUUAUAUUCGUAGCAUUUCUCCAGGAGACAUCUUAUAGUAAAAAUAUGAUCCGUGGUUGACCUAUUCUGCCGGAAUCUACAUUGAUAGUCCCCUAGGAUCUGUUCACUGUACUUUUCCAAUGUUCUCGCUAUAAGUUUUGUGAGGAUUUUGUACAUGACAUUAAGAAGGGAGAUACCUCUAUAGUUUGAGCAUAUCAACUUAGAUCCCUUUUUGUGGAUUGGGAUUAUGAGUGCCGUGUCCCAUUCAUUUGGCAUUUCUUCCUCCUGCCAGAUUCUGGUUAUAAGUUCGUGCAUUUGCCUAUGCAGUUCGCUACCACCUUGCUUUAUGAGUUCUGCAGGGAUAAGGUCUAUUCCUGGGGCUUUGUUAUUUUUCAUGGUGGAGAUUACAUCUUUUAUUUCAUUUAAAGUUGGUUGGUUGACCAGUGGGUCCGGUCCUCCUUGUAGCAGGGAGUAAUCCUCAUUGGUUCCUCCACCUGAGCCAUUCAGUAGGCCUUCAAAGUGUUGUGCCCAUCUCUCUAGUACUCUACUGCUCUCUGUGAUCAAUUCUCCAUCCGUGCUUUCACACAUGUGGGAUCUUGCUUGAAAGCCAUUCUUUUCCUGCUUUAUCUUCAGGUACAUUCCCCUCACAUCUCUUUCUUUUGCCAACUCUUCUAUCUCUACUAUUUUUUAUUUUUCCCAAACACGUUUUUUCUUUCUGCAAAUUUUGCUGGCCACCCUUCUUGCUUCAUUAUAUAAUUGUCGUGUUCUUCUUGUUUCCCUUUGCAGCAUCAUUAGCCGAGCUUUGUUUCUUUGUUCUAUAAGUUCUUUGCAUUCUGCGUCAUACCAUCCUGUUCUUUUCACUGCUGGUUUAAAUCCAAUCGUUUCCUCUGUUACACUUGUGACUAUUUGCUUCAUCUUUUCCCAUUGCUGGUUUAUAUCAACGUACUACUGCUCUCUGUGAUCAAUUCUCCAUCCGUGCUUUCACACAUGUGGGAUCUUGCUUGAAAGCCAUUCUUUUCCUGCUUUAUCUUCAGGUACAUUCCCCUCACAUCUCUUUCUUUUGCCAACUCUUCUAUCUCUACUAUUUUUUAUUUUUCCCAAACACGUUUUUUCUUUCUGCAAAUUUUGCUGGCCACCCUUCUUGCUUCAUUAUAUAAUUGUCGUGUUCUUCUUGUUUCCCUUUGCAGCAUCAUUAGCCGAGCUUUGUUUCUUUGUUCUAUAAGUUCUUUGCAUUCUGCGUCAUACCAUCCUGUUCUUUUCACUGCUGGUUUAAAUCCAAUCGUUUCCUCUGUUACACUUGUGACUAUUUGCUUCAUCUUUUCCCAUUGCUGGUUUAUAUCAACGUUGCUGGCUGAUUCUCUUUUGGAUAAUUCUAGUUGAGUUUCAAUCUUCUGUUGAUAUUCCUCAGUAAUUUUUGGGUCCCUACUCAGUUUCUGACUAUUGUACUGUUUUUCUCUUUUAUUUUGUUUAUUGUGGAUGUUACAGAUUCUUUGCUUAUAUAUGAUUCUAACAAGCAUGUGGUCUGAGUCUAUGUCCGCCCCUCUACAACUUUUCACAUCUGAUAUGUCCGAGCCAUGCCUCCGGUCGAUGAGUAUGUGGUCUAUUUGAUUACGGGUAAAUCCAUCUGGAGAUAUCCACGUUGCUUUAUGUAUUUGUUUAUGUUGGAAUACUGUGCUACUGAUUAUCAUUCCUUUUCCAGAGGCGAAGUCUAUAAGACGUGUCCCGUUGUCAUUGCUCUCAUCAUGCAUACUUUCCUUUCCGAUUGUUGGUCUGUAGACUAGUUCUUUCCCAAUUUUUGCAUUGAAAUCGCCAAGGACUAUUUUGAUAUCAUGUCGUGGAGCCUCAUCAAAUACUCUUUCCAGUGUUUCGUAGAAAGUUUCCUUCAUGCUUUCAUCUGUAUUUUACGUUGGAGCAUGAGCGCAGAUUAACGUAAUAUUAAACACUUUUCCUCUAAUCCUUAUGGAGCAUAAUCUUUCACUCACUGGUUUAAAUCCAAUGACUGCAUUUACUGUCUCUCUUUUGACUGCAAACCCUGUUCCUAAGGUAUUUGUGUGGUUUCCACUGUAGAAUAUUGUAUGUUCCUUUGCAUUUAGGAUAUCUGAGUCUUUCCGUCUAAUCUCCUGUAGUGCAGCAAUCACUAUUAUAUAUCUAAGUAAUUCCUCACUGAGGCGGGCCAAGGCACCUGCUCUGUAUAAACUGAGUACAUUCCAAAUCGCUAUCCAAAUGUUAUGUGUGUGGUCAGGCAUGGGUCGAAAUCCAUAAAUAUCAGUCCAUUUUUCUGAUUGUGGUUUUGCUUUCGUAACAUUAGCUUUUUUAUGUGACAGGGUCGUCAGCCCUGCGCAAAACCGUCUGGGGGGAUGCCCCUUGCACCUCUCAGGGUAGCUGCCUUUGUAUUGGGUCGGGUCCCUAGCCUUUGUGGAUCCCUCCACUUCCUACAAGGCAUUAGGUACUGAUUUUGCUCCGCCCCGGGUAUUUUAUUUCCCCGGUACCCUCCAUAUCUGGUGGGCUUUCCCCUAUCCGCCACCUGGGGAGGCGCUCGAUGGAAGAUCAGUAUCUCCUCACGAGACUAAUACUAGUACAAGGGGAAAUAGUACUGAUGUCAUCCACUUUCGAAUAACUGAAACUUUAUCAGAGUAUGUGAAUGACAAGCCUCUGUUACCUAAACGUUGGUGAGAAGUGAAUAGAUUAGUAGAUAAUUUUGAAUUCAACAAAGUGACAAUGUUAAUCCAAAGCUACAUUACACUACACAAACUCAAAGACAGAUAUUGUCUUAUUCUAAAGACCAAUGGCAUUUCAUAGUGGAUAUUGUUAUCUGUAAGCAAAGAAACACUUUGUGACUAAUUAAAUCACAGCUCAUUGUUUUGAAAUUUCAAUUCUGACAGGAUUAUAUUAUUCUUAACCAUUUAAAUCACCAAAUGAAAAUGCCCAACGCCUGGCUAAUCAAUAGACUAAUACUCAAGUGUGUCGGUAAUAGUAAAUCAAGAUGAUGAAUCUAAAGUGACUUCAGUCCAUACUGAAUAUACUCAAUUGACAACCAGAAAAAAAUAAAGCCUUAUUGAAACAGUUGAAAAAAUUCUGGGGAUUUUCCAACUAUGACUAUGGAAGUUAAUUGACAAUUGAUGGCAUAGAGAUAAGAUUCAAGGUCGGUUGAAUUGCAAGAACAAUGCUACUAAACCAUCAAAACAUUCAGUUCAUGUAACAUGAUCUACAUGGAGGACAGACAAUGAUCAUGUUGCAGCUGUGGUUCAAAGAACAUCUUUAGAUCUAUUACUGUCUGAGAUUCAACUACAGCUUAGCAUCCUGAUUCUUUCCUGGUAUCAGGAUCUUUCAUUUUAAAACCAUUUUUAUAAUUUUAUGCAGGGAAAUGGGCAUAUAUUAGGCUGUAUUUAUUGUAACUUUGCUCUGAUUUUUUAUCAUGUGGUGUGUUUUACUGAAACAUGGGCAAUUUUCGUAUAUUUCAAUUAAUUUUGAAUACAUUUAGAUAUUUUAUUGUUCACUAAAAUCUAUAAUUAGUCUAAAAAUGCUAGGAGGGAUAUUUGAAAAGUGAUAAAUAAACUGGUGGUGUUUUGCAGAUUUUCAAUAAUUUUUACUUGUUUAAAAUGAAUUAUUCACUAAUAAGCUUUUUUAAAAUUCUGAUUAUAUUUCUUAAAAACAUUUGUUAAAACUGCAUUCUUUUCAAAUGAUGUUAAACACGUAAGGUCUAACAUUAAUUUAGGCUCAGGAAAAUGAGCAUAAGAUUUUAUGGUAUUUUUUUAAAAUUUACUCUUGAAUUUUAUAAGCUCUAUAAUUUUAUCUAGUAUGUUGUGUCUGUAUUGUGGAUUCACUUUCUUUAGUACCACUUUUUGCUUUCCCCUACAUAGGAUAUGAAGAGUCAGAUAUCAAGUCCAGGUAAUAAACAGAAAGAAGAAUUAAACUCCAGACAAGCCCCAAUAUCCUCUAAUUCAAAUGGCCCUAAAACUCCACAAGAUAAAUACAAGCGACUAGAUGAGGAAAUGGAACAAGCUAAUCAACGAUAUAUCAGUGACACCCAACAGCAGCAAAAAGUAAGUUUCACUAGAUGUUUUUAAUAUGCUGAUAAUUAUCAUAUUCACUAUGAAAUAAAUUACAAAUAUACAUGAUUAGAGUUUACAUAGUUGUGCCAGUGUUUCUCAUAAAUAUGGUACCUGUCUGCCACAAAGGUGAAGAAUAAUAAAGAUUUAAAGAAAACAAUAAUUGAUAAAUUAGGCGCUAGCCUCAUUCUGCAAUAUGGAUAAUAGCUGCUGGUUCUUCACACUUUAAUAAGGGUUAAUAUUUUGAAUUUAAAAUUCAUUUCAACUUAUUAUUUUUAUAAUCAUGUUGAAAAUUUACAGCUAUAAAAUAUGAUUUGAAUCAUCUUUAAAUAAGGAAAGAUAAGAUUAUUUAUUGAUCCAAAUAAAUGGAAAUGUUUUUUUGAUUACAUUGUACAUAUUCAUUUUCAGCACAUAAAUAAAUAAAAAAAAAAAAAUAUUAACAAAGACAGCAUUUUGCAAUUGUAACAAUUUAAACACAAGGCAUCAAAAAUAUUUCUCUAGCAUAGAAAUCAGCCAUCAAUAAAUUCAUUGAAAAUAAUGACUCAAUAAGUGAUCAUUUAGAUUUGUUAACCUUUUCCAUAAACUGUUAGGGGCUCAGUGAUACUAGGAUAAAAUUACAAUUUUUAUUACAGUAUGUGAAUAAAAAUAACACACUAAAUGUUAGGCUUAUAAUUUUUUCUUUUUGUUUUUUUUUAAAUUUUUCAGUCAUCUCAUUUGAAUAAAUAACUUUUUAAUAACCUAUAAAACAAAUAUAUUUCAGUUGUUGAUAAGAACUCAGGAUGACCAACUUGACAUGAUUGGAUCUAGUGUAGGGGUGCUGAAAAACAUGAGUCAGCAAAUUGGAAACGAAUUGGAAGAUCAAAAUAUGUGAGAUGAUAUCAGCUUACUCCUUUAUAAACAAAAUUGAUAUUCAAGUUUAAGAAUUUAUAUUUAAUAUGACUACUUUAAAUAAAUUUUAUCCACAAACUAAUCUUAACUUGAUGGCAUAGAGAUAAGUUUCAAAGUAGUUUUUCUAAUUACAUGUAAAAGAAACAUGCAUAAACAAAUAAUUCCAAGUGCCAUUCAAUCGGGCCUCCUUUUAAAUGUAAUUUAAACUAUUUAAUCUAAUGGCGUAAUCUAAAGUAUUUCCUCACAACCAAUAUUACAUUUAUUCUUAAAAUUCUUUAGAAUGCUGGAUGAAUUUCAUCAUGAAAUGGAUAACACAGAGAGUAAAAUGGACCAAACUAUGAAGAAAAUGGCAAAAGUUUUACAUAUGUCUAAUGGUAAAUGAAAUUAGAUACGUCUAUAAAAGUUAGCAGCUAGGAAUGAAUUUAUUUCACAAACGCCAAUCUACACCAGUGCUUUUAUAAUAAAGUAAGAAGUAGGGAAUAAAUGUAAUUUAUUUACAAUAGCCCAUCUAUACCAGUGCUUUUAUAAUAAAGUUAGGAGCUAGGAAUGAAUCUAAUUUAUUUAAAAUAGCAAAUCUAUCUAUACCUGAGCUCAACUAUCUUUUGGAUAAAGGGUUUGUUUAGUGUAAUAAUAAUUUGGAAUGAUGUUGGGCUGCUCUUUUCAUACCUCGUUUUGCAUAACAGUUAUAUAAUUUAAUUUGCAGCUAUUUUUUUCUUAUUUGAAACUUUUGAAAAUUCUCCUCAAAAUCUUGUUUUCCACAAAUGAGAGAUGGGGGGAAAGAAAAGAUGGGCAGGGAGUAGUUUAAACAAAAUUGACCCUUAUAAAAAAAAACCUUAAAAACUUAUUUUUAAUGAUUGCUCAUCUGCCAUACCACCUACACCUCCCUCACCACUUUACCAUCUGCUCACCCUACUCACUCAACUGCCACCACUCCAUCUCCUAUGAUGAUCGGUUGGGGGGUGGGGGGGGGAAUGAUUCACGCUCCUAGACAGGUUCUUCUCUUCAACUUACAUUGUAUCAAUAUUUGGGUUUGCAUGUAAAAAAAAUGCUCUAGUUUUUUAAAUUUAAUUUUCCAUCUCUGUAUCAGCUAUGCAAUAAACAACCAUUUGUCUUUCUCUUGUCACAGAUCGACGUCAGUGGUGUGCUAUUGGUGUGCUGUUACUGGUUCUACUUAUAAUCAUAAUUCUCUUCUUUGUGGUCUGAUGCUACUCUUACUUUUUAAGAGCACUAAAAUAUUUAAGACAAAGAUUUUCUGUACUUGAUGGAAGUAAGGUAGACUAACUACAUGUUGUAUUUACGGAUGGCUUUGAAUUUCUUACAACAGAAUAAGUAUGUCCCAUGAUAUACAAACUUUGCCACUUCAAAAAACAAAUAUAAAAUAUUACUUUUGGCCAAUAUAUCACUGAAUAUCAGACAGAAUAUAUCAUUUGAAAAUUUUAAGGGGACCAGAAAUAAAAUGUACCUAUCAAGUAAAAUGAACUAUGUCUUGUGGAUUCAAUCUGUUUAUAAUGCCAACUUCUUAUUUCUUUCAUGGAAAAUUCUGUAAAUUUUGCAAGUAACUUAUUGUUGUGAGGUGAUAUUUCCCUAUUUAUCCACAUAUCUUGAGGCUUUUUUUUUAUUACCUUGAGUAAAUAUUAAGGCUGUAAAUGUUAAUGAUACUUUGAGGUAAAAAAUUUGAAUCAAGGACUGUAAAUGUAUGUACAUCUUUCCAUCUAGUACAUGUUGAGGAUUAGUCAAAUAAAAUAUUUCGUCAUUUACAAAACUGAGGAAUGGUUUAGGAGCAAGACUCCAUCUAUACUUUUCUCUGUUUAAGCCUAAUUAGUUAGACUUAAACAAAAAAAUAUUUCUCAAUCAUUAACGUUAACAACUUCAAUCUGUAUCGUAAUUUGAAGGAAACAGCUGCUUUGGGGCUGUCCAUAAAGUACCUCACGCUCAGGGG